CGGGCCUCUGCGCCCUGAGGAGGCUCCUGCACCGGGGAGGCGAGCGGAGGGGCCGCGCACGCGUUACGACUAAAGAAAAUUUUUCUUCAGGGCUUGCUUGUGCUGGUUGGGUUGCACGUUUAUUUCCAAAGGUUGGCAGGCAGCCUAGGGUGGCGUUAAAGAGCUAAGAACCGGGUACGACCCUGGCCUGGUCCCUUCGUACCAGCGCGGCUUUGGACCGAGGACUGUACUCUGGGAUGAUGCUAAUACUUUGUGAGGAUUCAGUGCAAUAAAGCGCACUUGAAAACUCAGAAGGUGGGCUAACUUACCUCGAAAUCCAGAUAUUAAUAAGAAAAAAAUCAAGGCGUGGUUCAGCGGCCCAGGCUUCUCUCAACAAGAUGGUUCAUCAAGUUCCAGAAAACAUCAAUUUUCCUGCUGAAGAAGAGAAAAUCUUGCAGUUCUGGUCUGAAUUUAAUUGUUUUCAGGAAUGCUUAAAGCAGUCAAGACAUAGGCCAAAAUUUACUUUCUAUGAUGGGCCUCCUUUUGCAACUGGACUGCCUCACUACGGGCAUAUACUUGCAGGAACAAUUAAAGAUAUCGUUACGAGAUAUGCUCACCAGAGUGGAUUUCACGUUGACAGAAGAUUUGGAUGGGAUUGUCAUGGAUUACCUGUGGAAUAUGAAAUUGAUAAGACACUGGGAAUCCAAGGACCAGAGGAUGUAGCUAAAAUGGGGAUUACGGAGUAUAACAAUCAGUGCCGAGCAAUUGUGAUGAGAUAUUCUACUGAGUGGAAGUCUACUGUUAGCAGACUUGGCCGGUGGAUUGACUUUGAAAAUGACUACAAAACUAUGUAUCCACAAUUCAUGGAAUCUGUCUGGUGGGUUUUCAAACAACUCUAUGAUAAAGGCCUUGUUUAUAGAGGUGUGAAAGUUAUGCCCUUCUCCACUGCAUGCAAUACUCCACUCUCCAACUUUGAAUCUCACCAGAAUUAUAAGGAUGUUCAAGAUCCUUCAGUAUUUGUAACUUUCCCUUUGGAGGAAGAUGAAAAUAUAUCUUUAGUGGCUUGGACAACCACUCCUUGGACUCUACCUAGUAACCUUGCUGUCUGUGUUAACCCAGAUAUGCAGUAUGUGAAGAUUAACGAUGUUGUCAGAGGAAAAUUAUUCAUUUUAAUGGAAGCCAGAUUAUCAGCCCUCUAUAAAUUGGAAAAUGACUAUGAGAUCCUUGAAAGAUUUCCUGGCGUCCAUCUCAAAGGCAAGAAAUACAAGCCACUGUUUGAUUAUUUUUUGGAGUGUAAAGAGCAUGGUGCUUUCACUGUGCUUGUGGACAGCUAUGUGAAGGAGCAAGAAGGCACCGGGGUUGUACACCAGGCUCCGUACUUUGGUGCUGAUGACUUUAGGAUCUGUAUGGACUUCAACAUUAUUCAGAAAGAUUCCCAUCCCAUUUGCCCUGUUGAUGCUUCAGGCUGUUUCACAGCAGAAGUGCCAGAUUUCAUGGGACAGUACGUGAAGGAUGCUGACAAAACCAUCAUCAGGACUCUGAAGGAACGAGGCCGACUUCUUGUUGCCAGCACCGUCACUCACAGCUACCCUUUCUGUUGGAGAUCAGAUACUCCCUUGAUUUACAAAGCAGUUCCUAGCUGGUUUGUCCGCGUGGAACACAUGGUGAACAAACUCCUGACUAACAAUGACCUAAGCUACUGGGUCCCAGAGUUUGUGAGAGAAAAACGAUUUGGAAAUUGGCUGAAAGAUGCACACGACUGGGCAAUUUCCAGAAAUAGAUAUUGGGGCACCCCUCUUCCUCUGUGGGUCAGUGACGACUUUGAGGAGGUAGUAUGCAUUGGAUCAGUGGCUGAGCUUGAAGAACUGUCAGGAGCAAAGAUCUCCGAUAUCCACAGAGAGAGCAUUGACCAUCUGACCAUUCCUUCACGCCGUGGGAAGGGACCGCUGCGCCGAGUCUCUGAAGUGUUUGACUGCUGGUUUGAGAGCGGCAGCAUGCCUUAUGCUCAAGUUCAUUACCCAUUUGAAAACAAGAGGGAAUUUGAGGACGCUUUUCCUGCAGACUUCAUUGCCGAAGGCAUAGACCAAACCAGAGGAUGGUUUUACACCUUGCUGGUGUUGGCCACAGCCCUCUUUGGACAACCAGCUUUCAAGAAUGUGAUUGUGAACGGUCUCGUCCUUGCGAGUGAUGGCCAAAAAAUGAGCAAACGGAAAAAGAAUUACCCAGAUCCAGUUACAAUCAUCCAUAAAUAUGGUGCUGAUGCCCUCAGAUUGUACCUGAUUAACUCCCCUGUGGUGAGAGCAGAAAACCUCCGCUUUAAGGAGGAGGGUGUGCGCGAUGUUCUGAAGGACGUGCUGCUGCCUUGGUACAAUGCAUAUCGCUUCUUCAUCCAGAACGUGCUGAGGAUCCAGAAGGAGGAAGAAAUAGAAUUCCUCUACAAUGAGAACACUGUGAAGGAAAGCUACAACAUCAUGGACCGGUGGAUCCUGUCCUUCAUGCAGUCGCUUAUUGGCUUCUUCGAGUCCGAGAUGGCAGCUUACAGGCUUUAUACUGUGGUGCCUCGUUUGGUCAAGUUCGUGGAUGUGCUGACCAAUUGGUAUGUCAGAAUGAAUCGCAGAAGAUUAAAGGGUGAAAAUGGGAUGGAAGAUUGUGUUGUGGCCCUGGAAACCUUGUUCAGUGUUCUGUUUUCUUUGUGCAGGCUGAUGGCCCCCUAUACACCUUUUCUCACUGAAUUAAUUUAUCAGAAUCUAAAGACAUUGAUCGAUCCUGUUUCUGUCCAUGACAAGGACACCCUAAGUAUUCACUACCUCAUGCUGCCCCAUGUUCGAGAGGAAUUGAUUGACAAGAAGACUGAGAGCGCAGUAUCUAGAAUGCAGUCUGUGAUUGAACUUGGGCGAGUGAUCCGAGACCGUAAAACUAUUCCAAUAAAGUACCCUUUGAGAGAAAUUGUGGUUAUCCAUCAAGAUCCAGAAGCUCUUAAAGAUAUCAGUUCUUUGGAAAAGUAUAUCAUUGAGGAAUUAAAUGUUCGAAAGGUUACACUGUCUACAGAUAAAAAUAAAUAUAACAUUCAGCUGAGGGCAGAACCAGAUCACAUGGUCCUUGGGAAGCGACUGAAAGGAGCCUUUAAAACAGUGAUGACUUCCAUCAAGCAGUUGAAGAACGAGGAGCUGGAACAGUUCCAGCAGAGCGGGACCAUCAUUGUGGAAGGCCAUGAGUUGCAUGAAGAAGACAUCCACCUCGUGUACACCUUUGAUCAGGCCACAGGUGGGAAUGCGCAGUAUGAAGCACACUCAGAUGCUCAGGCCUUGGUUCUCUUAGAUGUCACUCCUGACCAGUCGAUGGUAGAUGAAGGAAUGGCUCGAGAAGUCAUCAAUCGCAUCCAAAAACUUCGCAAGAAGUGCAAUCUGGUUCCAACUGAAGAAAUAACAGUUUAUUAUGAAGCGAAGUCUGAAGGAAGGUAUCUGAAUAAUGUUAUUGAAAGCCACAAAGAUUUUAUAUUUGCCACUGUACGAGCUCCCUUGAAACCAUAUCCAGUGCCUACGUCAGAUAAUAUCCUUAUUCAAGAAAAAACACAGUUAAAGGCAUCUGAACUGGAAAUUACACUCUCCAAAGGAUCAUCCCUGCCAGGUCCUGCCUGCGCGUAUGUCAAUCUUAAUAUUUGUGUCAAUGGCACUGAGCAAGGUGGAGUAUUGCUUCUGGAAAAUCCAAAAGGUGAUAACACGUUGGACCUUUUAAAGCUGAAGAGUGUUGUUACUAGCAUUUUUGAUGUUAAAAAUCCAGGGCUGGCUGUCUUCCAUGGUGAAACAGAAAUAAAAGAUCAAACCGACUUACUGAGUCUCAGUGGAAAAACCCUUUGUGUGACUGCAGGAUCAGCUCCCUGUUUGACCAGUAAUUCCAGUGCUCUUCUUUGUCAGUACGUCAACCUGCAGCUCUUGAACACAGAACCACAAGAAUGUUUAGUGGGAACAGUGGGGACUCUGCUGCUUGAAAACCCAGUUGGGCAGAACGGACUCAGCUACCAAGGUCUUCUGCACGAAGCGGCCAAGGUGUUCGGCCUUCGGAGCAGGAGGCUAAAGCUGUUUCUGAAUGAGACUCAGACACAUGAAAUUACAGAGGAAGUCCCCAUGAAGACUUUGAAUAUGAAGACUGUGUAUGUUUCUGUGUUACCAACAACAGCAGACUUCUAACAUUCACAUUCCAGUUGGCUCAUUCAGCCUUUCCUUGGCACCCGUCCUCUGCGUGCUAGCAUGUACGCACGCGUGUGCGCGCACACACACACAUACUCCAAAGAUAUUUUCUUCUGAUGUAUGUGUAACAUGCUGCUUUUGGUCCAUAACUCAGAUGGGAUUGAUUCAUCAAGUGACUUGAGACCUCACAGUAAUAUUUCCCUUAACCUUAUACACCUGGACGAUUGUGCUGGGGGAGGUGACGAUGUUACCUCAGCACGACACAGUUUAUUUCUGUACCUGAGUUCUGAAAUACAGAAGGUAGAAGUGAUUUAAAAGGCAUGGUAAUAUGUGUACUAUUUUGUUGCCUUUUAAAACAUAUUUGAGACCUCUCUAAGGAAUGGACAUAUAUAUUUCUGCUACCUGGAUUCUUCUGAUGGAAUAUUUUAAGUUUCAGUAAAUCAGAACAAUAAACUGACUUUCUCUCAGA